AUGACCGGCUCCUGCUGCGGCUCCACCUGCGCCUCAGUCUGUGGGGGCGGCUGCUGCCAGCCCUGCUGCCAGCCCUGCUGCUGCCGCGACCCCUGCUGCUGCCGCCCCUGCUGCUGCCAGACCACAGUGUGCCGCCCCGUGACCUGUGUGCCCCACUGCACACGCCCCAUCUGCGAGCCCUGCCGCCGCCCCAUCUGCUGUGACCCCUGUGGGCUGCAGGAGGGCUGCUGCCGCCCCAUCGCCUGCUGCCCCACGUCCUGCACGGCCGUGGUCUGCCGGCCCUGCUGCUGGGCCUCCACCUGCUGCCAGCCCAUCUGUGUGCAGGCGCCCUGCUGCCGGCCCCCCUGCUGCCAGCCUGCCCCCUGCCGCACCACCUGCAGGACCUCCCCCUGCUCUUCACACCUACGGUUGUGGUUACCCCGUGACAUGGACGUCAUUGCUGACACUGGCAUGAGUCACGUGUUAAUCCCAUCCCUGUUCUACCCAACACCUCUACCUCAUAAAAGCGAUGUGCUUCUAUUCAGGCCCGACCUGGACACCAUGGCCUGCUGCACCACCAGCUUCUAUGGAUUCCCCAGCUGCUCCGGUGGGACCUGUGGGACCUGUGGCUCCAACUGCUGCCAGCCCAGCUGCUGCCAGAUCAGCUGCUGCCUGCCAACCUGCUGUGGCAUGGGCUGUGGCCAGGGUUGUGGCUGUGGAGCUGUGAGCUGCCGCACCAGGUGGUGCCGCCCUGACUGCCGCGUGGAGGACACCUGCCUGCCCCCCUGCUGCAUGACCAACUGCACCCCCCCAACCUGCUGCCAGCUGCACCAUGCCCAGGCCUCCUGCUGCCGCCCGUCCUACUGUGGACAGUCCUGCUGCCGCCCUGCCUGCUGCUGCUACUGCUGUGAGCCUGCCUGCUGCCAGCUCACCUGCUGAAACCUUCUGAUGGGAAUCCUAAGAAAAUGGCACAUCCAAACUAACCAAUGCGGAGUCCCAACAAACUCCUGAGCUCCCGUACCCGUAAUCUAGCUUGCGACCUCUUGUCACAUGGCUACCUAAUUUUGCUAAGAUAUAAAUUAAUUUAUAAUAGAAGAUCCAAAAUAUUUCAUAGACCUGGAUAUCAACAGAAGUCCAACCACGUGAAAAGAGUGCAUAACAUAUUGCUAUAAAUAUCACCUGAGAUAUUUCAACAGCGCAUUGGG